UCUUCCAAAACGUGAUGCGAUCAAUGGCAACCCUAGCUUUCUCACUCCAUAUGGCAGAAAAGAAGCAAAAGAAAAUCCCUCCCAAAUCCAAUCGACGACUACAAUACCGUUUCUUCUCUGAAGGUCUGACUGCUAUCCAUAUUUAUAAUUUUCUCCUCUUCAUUUCGCUUCGGUCAAAAGAAACAUGUUCUAAUGGAGUGACUGGUUCUCUGAAUUUCGAAACAAUGUCCCAUCGCCAACAACAGAACCAAAGGCAAAGGGUUAGGCGAAAUCGACUUAGAAUCGGGUGCAAUGAUCGUCGUAAGAGGAUAAAUGAUCCCAUGUCAUAUGAAAUUAAUAAUUCCAACGUUGAAAGAAUACAACAAUCUAUAAUGCAUCAUGAUUUUGAGACUUCUACUUCAAACUAAGAGACGCAUGAUAUUUUCAAUUCUGCAUUGCAAAGUAGUUUUAAUGUACUGAACAUACCAACGACUUCAUAUGUAUUACCGACAAGCAAUAGCUGUAAAUAUUGUGGUGCAAGAAAAUUUUAUAGAGAAAGUAAAGACUUUUGUUGUUUUGAUGGAAAAGUUCAUUUUAGUA